GCAGGUACCGGGCCAUGGAGCCGCGGGCGCCUUUCCCGGGCCCAGGGCUGGCGAGGGUCCCUGCAGCCUCGCGCCCCUAGACACCCGCCUCCGCCCGGUUUCCCGAGCGCCCGGCAUGAACCGCAAGAAGCUGCAGAAGCUGACGGACACCUUAACGAAGAAUUCCAAGCAUUUUAAUAAAUUUGAAGUGAAAUGUCUUAUCAAUCUUUUCUAUAACUUGGUGGGAGAUGGAACAGAGCGGCAAGGUGUGGCCAUUGGGCUGGAUCGUAAUGCAUUUCGGAACAUCUUGCAUGUAACAUUUGGAAUGACAGAUGACAUGAUUAUGGACAGAGUAUUCCGAGGUUUCGAUAAAGACAACGACGGUUGUGUAAACGUAUCAGAGUGGGUAUGUGGAUUAUCGCUGUUCCUUCGAGGAACCUUGGAAGAAAAAAUGAAAUAUUGCUUUGAAGUGUUUGAUCUGAAUGGUGAUGGAUUCAUUUCCAAGGAGGAAAUGUUCCACAUGCUGAAGAACAGCCUCCUCAAGCAGCCAUCGGAAGAAGACCCCGAUGAAGGAAUCAAAGAUUUGGUUGAAAUAACACUUAAGAAAAUGGAUCAUGACCAUGAUGGGAAAUUGUCCUUCUCAGACUAUGAACAAGCUGUGAGAGAAGAGACCCUUCUACUGGAAGCCUUUGGACCAUGUCUACCUGACCCGAAGAGCCAUAUGGAAUUCGAAGCCCAUGUAUUCAAAGAUCCAAAUGAAUACAGUGAAAUCUGAAGAGCUAAAUGUCCCUGUCAUCUCAAGUGAUCACAUUGGAAAUGCUCUUUUGUAAGCUGCUUGUUUUGGGUACCACUAUCUCGCGAACAUUUUCUCAGGUCAUCAGACAUUUGUCUACAGCCUCACUCAUCGUGACUGCCUGGUGUCCCAUCACCACAGACCUCAUUAAACCACUUCCCUGCCAUUGA